CUGCAGCCCCCAGCCCCAGCUGGGGAGGGUGCGGUGGUGCUGGCUCUGGGCCAGCUGCUCUCCCACCUCCAGCCUGGCCAGGGCUCUUCCUACGUGGCAGAGCUCACCCGAUCCCCGCGGCUGACCUGCGCCACCGGCUCAGGUUCCCGGGCGCGGGGAUCACCUUACGGCCGGCGGGGAGCCAGCUCCAUCCAUAAUUCAGCAGCGCCGCAGGGAUGCAGCGGGCGGGCAGGCACGGCCGGCAGCCCCCCGAGGGCGGCCCCAUGGAGAACGGCGUGGGGCAGGAGCCGGGGACCCCCGAGCCCCCCGCCGCCAGCCCCGCGGCCCCCCGGGCUCCCCGCGCCCGCCCCAGGCUGGUGUUCCACACGCAGCUGGCCCACGGCAGCCCCACGGGGCGCAUCGAGGGCUUCACCAACGUCAAGGAGCUCUACGCCAAAAUCGCUGAGGUCUUCGACAUCUCGCCCACCGAGAUCCUCUUCUGCACGCUCAACACACACAAAGUGGACAUGCAGAAGCUGCUGGGGGGACAGAUUGGCCUGGAGGAUUUCAUCUUUGCCCACGUCCGGGGCGAGACCAAGGAGGUGGAGGUGACCAAGACAGAGGACGCGCUUGGCCUCACCAUCACAGACAACGGGGCCGGCUACGCCUUCAUCAAGAGGAUCAAGGAGGGGAGCAUCAUCAACCGGCUGCAGACAGUGUGUGUGGGGGACAGCAUCGAGGCCAUCAACGACCACACCAUCGUGGGCUGCCGCCACUAUGAGGUGGCUCGGAUGCUGCGGGAGCUGCCGCGGGCUCAGCCCUUCACCCUCCGCCUGGUCCAGCCCAAAAAGGCCUUCGACAUGAUCGGGCAGCGGACACGGACAAGCAAAUCCCCAGGUGAAGGCAGAGUGGCCAGUGGGAAGGAAACGCUGCGGCUGCGGACACAGGGCCCGGCCGUGCUGGAGGAGGGGCCCAGCCCCACCGAGGAAGAAGCUGCCCGGCAGGUGGACGAUCUGCUGGAGAGUUACAUGGGCAUCCGUGACAGCGAGCUGGCCUCGACGAUGGUGGAGGCAGCCAAGGGCAGCCCCAGCGUGGCCCAGCUUGCCCAAGGGCUGGACUCGGUGCUGGGCGAGUUUGCCUUCCCCCAGGAGUUUGUGGCCGAGGUGUGGGCAGCCGUCUGCCACCCCAAGGGGGAUAAGGAGUAGCUGGGGGCAGGUGUUGCCCCUCACUUUUGUCCUCUCCCCACAUCCCCACCUCAUCCCCACCCCAUCUGGGGCUGAGGCGCUGGUGGGGGUCCCCAUCCUGCCCCCCACACCCUCCUGAGCAGCACCCAGGUCUGUCCCUUGGGUUGGGGGGCAGAGGGCACCCAGCCCACCCACGUUCCUGAGGAUCCCCCUUGCACACGCCCCAAACGUGGUGGGCA